AUGAAAUUCACUUUCACUCCAUCAGUUAUACGGUCCCAGAAGAAAGGGAAAUAAUGGCGUUUUUGCAACUUCCUUGUUCUCCUCUAACUCUUAGAACCACUUCAUGUUCUGUGUUUACAGCGCCACCCAUCAAAGCAUCAUCUAAUUUGUCUUUGCCAACCUCUUCAAAACCGAAAACGACUAAAUUUAGGAACUGGGUCGCAAACUUUCAUUCCAAAUCUUUGAGCUUCUUGCUCUCUGGGGCUCUCUCACUUGGUUUAUCUCUCACAGGAGCUGGAAUUUCAGAGGCAAAAGUUGGGGUUAACAAGCCAGAAUUGCUUCCUGAAGUAUUCACUCCUGUGAUUGAUGUGGCAGGGUUCCUAUCUGAUGGGCAGGAGAGAAGAAUUGCUCAGGAGAUUGCUGAUCUUGAAAAGGAUACCGGAUUCAAAUUAAGAGUUUUAGCCCAAAAUUAUCCUGAUACACCUGGGCUGGCAAUUAGAGAUUUUUGGCAAGUAGAUGAUAGAACUAUUGUCUUUGUUGCUGACCCUACCUUUGGCAAUAUAUUAAAUUUCAAUGUUGGGGCUUCUGUUGAUCUCGACAUUCCACGUAGCUUCUGGAGCCGCUUGUCUGGGAAAUAUGGGAACAUAUUCUACUGGAAAGAGAAGGGAGAAGAUGCAUCUAUUGAAGCUGCUGUAAUGGCAAUAACUAAUUGCUUGAGAGAACCAGUGGGUCCAAAUAAUUGCUCUGAGGUGAAGUAAUGCCAACACAGGUUCUACAGGAAAGAUUUUCUUCAGUUGUGCUUGGUGACAACCUGUAAAUAUCACGUAAUUCUUUCAAUAGUUUCAUAGUUGCAAGUUUGGUUAUAGUGAUUGGUUGAAUCCAAGGAGUCAUGUCCUUUUUCUUUUCUUUUUUUUUUUUAAAUCAAAUUUAAGAAGGAAAAUGGCACGGUUGCCGAUAGUCGAAAACAAACCUAGUCAGACCAUUUACUGGAAUUUUUAGAAGGAAAUGAGCUAUACACUUCUAAUUUUUACUAAAUUUUUAGAGAGAUUUGAGUGUAUAUUCAACUUCAAGCUAAAUCCUUCUGACGUUCAAUGCAUCAUAUUAUUGUUCAAAACUUAGUGUCAGUGCCAGCUUACAUC